AUGGUCGUCGAUAAAACCCUGUACGAUGUUCUUGGAGUCGACGAAAAUGCAACAACAGAACAAAUCAAUAAAGCUUUCAAGAAAAAAUCAUUAGAACAUCAUCCAGAUCGUGGUGGCGAUCAUGAAAUGAUGCAGCAAAUCAAUGCUGCUAAAGAAGUCUUGACUGAUCCACAAAAACGAGAAAUAUACGAUCGAUAUGGGUUAGAAGGAAUGAGAUCGGGCAUGGGCGAAGGAAACUUUGGUGGAUUUUCGGAAUUUCCUGGAGGCAUUUUUGACAUAUUUGAUUUAUUCAACCAUGGAUCGAAUCGUCGAGGACGAGCAGCAACGCCGAAAGGCAGUGAUAUUAAACAUAUUCUGAGAGUUUCUUUAGAAGAACUGUAUUCAGGCAAUACGAAAACAAUAUCAAUCGAUCGUGAAGUUAUUUGUACAGAUUGUAAUGGGUAUGCAUGUAUAUUCACUUGUAUUGAAUGUAUUUGUUGUUAUUUUAUUAAUAGUACUGGUUGUCACGAUGGAGUAAGUCGUGAAUGCACGAAAUGUGAAGGACGUGGCAUUGAGACAAGAGUCUUUCGCAUGGGUCCGAUAAUUCAACAAAUGCAAAGUAAAUGUUCAUCAUGCAAUGGUGAAGGUACCACAAUCAAUUCGAGAAAUUGCUGCAAAAGUUGUCGUGGUAAAAAAGUUGUUCGACAAACGAAGAGUAUGGAUGUAGAUAUAGCACCUGGAAGUCACGAUGGAGAAACAAUUAAGUUUAGUGGUGAAGGAAACCAAGUACAAUUGGAAGCUAUCCUACCACAAAAACAGCGUGUUAGACUGAGUAGUAAAGAAUAUUAUGAAGAAACUGAAAUGUUAGAAUGUGAACCACCGCUAAAGAAGUCUCAACACCAACAUUUCGGAAACGGUUACCACUUUAAUGGAACAGAAAAUGGUGAAGAUGAUGAUACUCAUGGACAUCCUCAAGGUGUUCAAUGCCAAACGCAAUAG